AUGAUCGUCGACCUCCUCUCGGCCACCGGCGACAGCAGUCCGCAGAACACAAGCCCCGCAUGUCGGUUCCGCCCUCUGACCUGUAGCAUCGUUACCGAGGCCAUCGUCCAGCAGAGGUGCCCCGGCACCGCCUUUUGGGCACAUCAGCUCAACCACCGUCGCUCGCUCGAAGCACGGGACCGCGGCCAGCCCCGGGCAGCCAACUCGGCCGGACGCUACGUGGCCGCGUUCGUCCUGCUGAACUCGGAUCUCUCCAUAGAACGCUCGUACGACAUCUCCCGCCUCCGUCACCCCGCCUCCAACUCGGGGCCGCUGAGGGACGAAGACAGGACCAUAUUGGAGGACGCGAGUAUGGCGCUCAUGCAAUUCGUCCGCGCGCUCGUCGUCCGCGCUCCCGAGCAGGGGGGCACCCUGCCCUUUGAGAUUGGAUCGGUUGGCCACAACAACAAGAAGUGGGUGUACUCCAAACUCCCGGAAGAACAGAGCGUACCAAUCUUGUCUCGAACGUCGGUCGCUCUCAAGUCCCAGUUGUCUGUGACACAGGUGUUCUGGCGUUUGAGGGACUUGAUAUUACGCUUCAACAGUGUCUGA